AAAAAUCUACAAAAGUCAAGUCUAACGGACCCCUCACUCCCUGCCCUUUUGUUCCUCUUCCUCAACACUUUCCCAGAAAAAAUCAGACAAUAUACUUUGAGUUCAUAUCAAUCCAACAAAACAAAACAAAGCAAAGUAAGACUUCUUUUACCCAGUUCUGCUUCAUAAUUAUCAAAGCUGUUUCUCUUGUUUCCUUAAUUUGUGUCACUGUUUUUUUAUUUCAAAAACCAAAACCCAAAACCACAAAAAAAAGCAUUAAAAAAAAAAAAAAUGCCUCCACGGACACUGAAACGACCCACCACGGCCACAGCCACAGCCACAGCCACCACCAAUAUUGUCAAGAAAGAGCCUCUUCCGCCGCGGCGCAACGACCCGGGUUCACGGCAACCCUCUUCUCCUCCUCCUUCUACUCAAGAGGACAAGAGAUCAGAGAGAUUGGAGCUUGAAGAUAAUGAUCGGCGGUUUGAAGAAGACGAGAAUAGUGGUGGGCGGGAAGGGGUUGUGAGGAUGGAUGGUGGGGAUGAGCAAGAUGGGGUGGCCGGAAUUCGUGGAGAUUACAUGAUUGAAGAAGAGGUGGAGGAAGAAGAGGAGGUGGAGGAAGAGGUGUUUGAGGACGAUGUUGGAGAUGUGGAAGAAGUGGACUAUGAGGAAGAGCACCAUGAUAUGGUUAACGAGAGGAGGAAGCGUAAGGAAUUUGAGGUGUUUGUGGGGGGAUUGGAUCGAGAUGCCACUGAGGAGGAUCUUAGAAAGGUUUUUAGUCAGGUUGGUGAGAUCACUGAAGUGAGACUUUUGAAGAACCCAGUAACUCAAAAGAACAAGGGCUUUGCAUUCUUGCGGUUUGCAACCAUUGAGCAGGCCAGACGAGCUAUCCAUGAACUUAAGCAUCCCGUGGUUAAUGGGAAGCAAUGUGGGGUGGCUCCAAGUCAAGAUAGUGACACUCUUUUUGUUGGUAACAUAUGCAAGACAUGGACAAGGGAUGUUUUGAAAGAACAGCUUGUACGAUAUGGAGUUGAUAAAUUUGAAGACUUGACGCUAGUUGAGGACAUGAAAAAUGAGGGGUUGAAUCGGGGCUUUGCUUUUUUAGAUUUCCCAUGCAGGGCAGAUGCCUUGGAAGCUUGCAAGCGAUUGCAAAGGAGGGAUGUUGUGUUUGGUAUAGAUAGAACGGCAAGGGUUGCAUUUGCAGACACCUUCAUUGAACCUGAUGAUGCAAUUAUGUCUCAUGUAAAGACGGUAUUCUUGGAUGGUUUGCCUCCUGCUUGGGAUGAGGAUCGUGUCAAAAACAUUCUCAAAAAGUUUGGGAAGAUUGAAAAGGUGGAACUUGCUCGAAAUAUGCCAGCUGCUAAAAGGACUGAUUUUGGUUUUAUAACAUUCGAUUCGCAUGAUGCUGCAGUGGCUUGUGUGGAUGGUGUUAAUAAUGCUGAGGUUGGUGAUGGAGAUAGGAAGAUAAAGAUUAGGGCAAGGUUGUCUAGGCCACGGCAGAGAGGUAAGUCUGCUAGACAGGCUCGGGGAGGUUAUGUCAUUGGACAUGGCAGUGAUCGUGGUAGCAGGGGUCCUUGGGGCUCUGGAAGCUCUCGCUUUGAUCCUCACAAGUCUAUAGAUCGUGUUGGGAGAAGCAUUCAAAGUCGUGGUGCAAUUGAUGGUGGUCUUAAUCGAGCAUAUGGUCCAAGGGACCGAAAUGUUGUAUCACAUGGAGUUGGGAGUGGACGGCGAUUUUCUUCACCAGAGAGAUCAUAUGGUAGAAGGUCCACUGUUCAAACUUAUGGAAAGACCAGCUCAAAAAGGGACUACAUUCAAGAAGAUGAACUAUUUUCUAGGGCAUCUGAUUUUGGUAAAGUUACUAUUGAUAGGCACUCUUAUAGAGAUGCAUACCCUUCACGUGGAUCUGGGUACUUGGGAGGUCCUUCAAGGAGUGGUUCUCGUGCUGUUGCUCGUAGGCCUGUCCCUUAUGAUGAUUAUGGCUAUGACAGAUACAUGGAACAACCCUCAAACUAUCAUGACAGUCGUAUCAGUGAUUACAGUUCUAUUCCCACCUCAAAGCGUCCCCAUUCUGCCAUUGAGGAAGAUCAUCCUCGUUAUGCUGAACCUUCAGCUAGGCAAUCACGAGCUCGUUUUGACUAUGGGGGAAGCAGUUUUGACUUGGCUUAUGGUGAUAAUUCUUAUGGAAGCAACUCUACAAGGCUGGGUCGUGGGUCUCGUCAUGGUUAUGAUGAAGGUGGUCGGAGAUCUGAAGGGCAUUCUCAUGGACCAUAUGAGACUAAACCAUCAACAAUGGCAUACAGAAGAGAUGAGAUUAGUAGGAGGGAUGCAGAAAGAGUCUAUUCCAGUUAUGAACGGGAUUAUAUAUCCAGAGAUUAUGUGUCUUCUCGAUCAGAUCUAGGUGAAGAUUCAUACCCAGCUGAUUACUCUACUCGUCGCAUGAAUGAUGACUACCCAAGUGGUAGGGGUUCAAGCUCAUAUUACUAAGGUGAGUUUGCUUGUGGUUAUUCCAAGACCUUUUGUGAAUGUGUAUCAAAUAGUACAUCUUGCAUACAUAAGCUGGCCUCUCAAUUAGGAGUACUCCUUUGGAGGUUGAUAUAGUGGAUGUCACGAGUUACUGCGUCAUCAUUACCAAAAUGAGUUUGUUGUUAACAGAAAGACUUCUCAUUAAUUGAAGACCUUCAGAGGAGAGUUUGACUUCUCCAAUUCGUCAUAUGUACUCUGGAGUUAAUUAAGGAAUUAGUAUUAAGACUGAGCUUUGAGGAUGGGGUCUUCAGUGAUAAAAUAUUAAGAGGAAAUAUGAAAACAAUGUGUUUGGAACUUCAUUAAUAAUUGAAAAGGAAGACUUUAUGGACUCAUUAUGUACAAAAUUGAAGCUGAUGCUACUGAUUCCUCUCCUUGGUGUUACUUCAGUCAGUGGAUAAACUUUAAGUGUUAUAAAACAGCAAAUUCCCUGGCUAUAUAUUGUUUAUGGUCUUGAAUAUUCUGUGGAUUUCCAGUUAUAAUCUUCAUGGAAUGCCUUUAUGUGAUGGAUAACAAAAUUAUGAUCUUAAGUCAGUAUAAAAAUUGAAGUGGGGAUGUGGAACACAUAAAAAUAAAUUUUGUGGGAGAAAUCCCUCAAGGGUUUUCUGUAUGUGUUAAUCAUCUUUGCCUACAUUCUUGUUAUACUUCAUUUACACACACUUGGAUUAAGUAUGGGAUCUACAUGAAGCUGUUUUGCUUCAUAUAUUUGGUGGACUUGGGUCACAGAGGGAUUUCUUUAGUAGAGGAUUUAUUUGACAAGUAAAGAAUGUGAAUUGUACUCAUGAAGCAUAUGGUUAACAGGUUAAGUUGCUCAUGAGUUUGCUUUUGGAGCUGCAGGUGCUUGACUUUGGGUAAUGAUUGUUGUGAAAGAAUCAUUUUGACAUUCAACCUAAAAAACACAUUUUUGAUAUAAGCUAAUGUAACUUGGUAACUUUAUGACUCAA